GCGCUGGUGCCGGCGGGCAGCCCGCACGGGUCGCUGUCGGCCGAGGAGGCGCCGUCGCCCGCGCCGCUGGGGUCCGCGACGGCGCCGGGGCCCGUGCUGGCCCGCGCGCGCGCCCUCGUGGACUACACGCCCAGCCCCUACGACAAGGACGCGCUGCGCCUACGGAAGGGCGACGUGGUGGAGGUGCUGGCGAUGCCGCCGAGCGGGCUGUGGCGCGGCGCCGUGGGCGGGCGCAUGGGCGUCUUCAAGUUCAUCAACGUGGAGCUGCUGGAGGAGCGGCGCCGCGGCCGCCCGCCGCACGCGCGCGCCCUGCGCGGCCAGCCCGCCUCCGUGGAGGAGCUGCUGCAGCGCAUCAGCCUAGAG